AGGUUCGCCUGCAUCUAUGUAUUGCUUUGUUAAAGCCUGCAAUCGAAGACGAUUCUCAUGAAAUGAAUCAUAUUUCAUCUUGCAUCGGACAUGAAAUGACGUCGCAGACCCAACGCUACUGAAUACCUCUGUGAAGUGUGCAUUUUCUAUCGAGAUGUCAUGUUUGAAUUGUCACUCGCAAGAAGAAAUAUAUGAAGGUGAGUCAAGAUGGAUCAAAGAAAGACGACAGAGGCUGGAUGGCUCAAAAAAGCCCCUGUCUGGCUCAAAAUCGUGCGAAGCUGCGAAGCAAGAUGUUCGACAUCUUGAUGACACCUUCGGAGUUUGCAUAUCUCCGGGCGGCAUGCGCAGCGCUGCCUUUAGCCUCGGAGCGCUGGAGCAGCUUUCGCAAUCUGUUGAACGCUCAUUCAACUGCUACAUUGACAUCCUGAUCUUGCACAUCGAGCUUCAUCAAGAUUUUGAAUGUUUGCAUGCUGUCUGAACCUGUGUCGCAGGUCUCUUCGAUCGUGUUGACUACAUCAGCUGUGCUGCUGGCGGGUCAUGCGUGGUGGCAUCCUUACUGUCCAACGCCCUUGCGUUGUCUAGAAGGAGCGAUGGGGAUGCGCGUUUCAUAGGACAAGCGGCAGGAGGGCAAGAAGGCUUGCCAGAUUCUCUCAAGAAGAAGUCGCGAGCGAGCAAACUCUCUCAAAUCUCCCGGUUCUCCGCCUCAGAGUUCAUUGAAAGGAGCGUCGAGCAGAUCAAACUGAUCUGCCAGGACAAGUCCCCAGGAAUAUAUCUUCUUGCUGCCCAGAAGCGUUGAUGCUCUCAGUCUCAGUGAUCGUCACGCCC